UGUAUGGUUGCAUGAGAAUGGUGUUUUAGGCGCAAGUCCUGAUGGCCUCAUUCGGCGGGCAGCAACCCACAACUAUAACCAUCAAGCAGCAGAGAUGACUGAUGUGCUAGAGGCAAUGCAAGUGAGGCCUGAAAUUUUGGAAGUGAAGUGCCCCUUCACUGCUAGAAAUAUGACAAUCCCUGAAGCCAUUAACUCAAUCAAAGAGUUUUGUUUAGAGUACCAGGUUCAUGAUGGCAGACAGAUGUACAAGCUUAAAGAAGAUCAUAUCUACUACGACCAAGUACAGGGGCAGCUAUACAUCCUAAACAAAUCAGCCUGUGAUUUCGUUGUGUGGACAACUCGAGACAAUGCCAUUGUUAGGGUUCUCCAGAACGGCUUGUUGGGCCAGAACAUUGAGAAACUUACCAACUUCUAUUUUGCUCAUUUGAUCUCUGUUAUUCAAAAAUGACUGUCACAAUGUCUGGGUUCCUACCUUAAAACUGAUAAAUAAGCUUGUAUCGGUUCAGCCAACCUUUUUCUUAAAAUAA